AUUUAAGCUCAGAACUUCCAGAAGACAGCUACUCUUCAGGUGGUGAAGCCGUGGAUGGUGAUGAUGAAGAUGAAACAUCAGCCCCUGGCAAUGUCGCUGAAGAGGCAACAAGCUCCAAAGCUGGCCCAAGUUCAGGCUGGGCAGAUGCUAUGGCAAAAGUGCUCGACAAAAAAAUUCCUCAAAAUAAGUCCACCAUCUUGGCUAAGAAUAAAAAGCUGGAGAAGGAGAGACAGAAGGAAAAACAGGAAAGGCUGGAGAAGAGAAUGAAGCUCGAUAAGAAGCGGGAGUGGGAAAUGAUGUGCCGAGUGAAGCCAGAUGUUGUCAAAGACCGAGACAAAGAAAGAAAUCUUCAGAGAAUUGCUACAAGAGGUGUUGUACAAUUAUUUAAUGCUGUCAGGAUGCACCAGAAGAAUGUGGAUGAGAAAGUGAAGAAAGCUGGGAGCUCUGACAGGCGGCGUGCUAAACUGCUGUCAUCUGUUUCAAAGAAAGAUUUCAUCAAUGUUUUAAGAAACGUGGAAGGUGGUAAAGGAAGGAAGAAUCCUGCUGCAAGGGCCACAAAAAGGAAACAGAGUGAAGUGAAGUCUGAAGAGGGACCAGAAUGGAAUAUACUGCGUGAUGACUUCAUGAUGGGAGCAUCUAUGAAAGACUGGGACAAAGAAAGUGAUGGAGAAGCCAAUACUGAACAAGGAGGUGGUCUGAAACAAGAAGAUGACAGUGACUGAAUGAAACCAGAAACCAUUCAGGAUAAUAUUUUAUCUUCUUUAUUUGGAUAAAAAGUCAGCAUUCUGUGAAUGUACAACACUUGGAGGAUAUCUUUAAAAAAAAAAAAUAAGACUUGCACAACUUUGGAGUGUUUUCUCCUCCAUGUCAAGCUUUUAUUUAAUAUAACUUCAUUUGCUAUACUGAAAUCCUGAAAUAUUUUCCAAAACAUGUAUAAUUUUCAACAUAUUUCCAAAACAUUUUGUACAGUCAAAAUAGUGGCACCUGCCCAAUAAAAGAAAGAUUUUGCCAAGGUCAUUACAAGUUUAUACAUUAGUCAUGGCCAUUGAUGUAUUAGUGUGCCUGCAUUUCCAAAUCAGUGUUCCACUUUGAAAAGUUGUUAGCAAUUCGCAAUAGAAAUUGCUUACAAUAAACACAGAAAUGCCGUCACCCUGUAAAGUUA